CCUUCACCAGUAGCCAACCGAGAGCAUCUGUGUGUGCUGUCAUACAAUCGUACAAGUUUUAUCUGGUGCUGUGCCCCGUGAGUGAUUGUUGAGUGUCGCUGACGCGUCAUGGACCGGCUUCGCGAGUGAUCAUCAGCCACAGCCUAACAUGACGGAUAGCAGCGUCAUCAUGGAUCUGAGAACUCACGCCCGUCCCGACCAGUCUAAGCCGCGUCAAGCCAAGUCUGUCUUCUCCAUCAGGAGUCUCGUUGAACUCGAAGAGGAUCAGGCACCGUCAUCAGAAUACUCAAACAACAGCCGAACAACGCCAGGCAGCUCGCCAGAGGCGGUGAGUGUGGAGGGAGAGACGGGAGGCAGCAGUGGGAGCGGCCCGGGGGCGGCAGGCGCAGGGGCAGGGGCAGGCAUGGGGGUGGUGGGACGUGACGAGGAGGUGGAGGUGAGCGAGGGGGAGAUGAUGGACGACUAUGCAACGGCGCCGAAACGCAAGCAGCGUCGGUACCGCACCACCUUCACCAGCUUCCAGCUCGAGGAACUCGAAAAGGCCUUCGCCAGAACUCACUAUCCUGAUGUCUUCACCAGGGAGGAGCUGGCCAUGAAGAUAGGACUGACAGAAGCGAGAAUACAAGUGUGGUUCCAGAACAGGAGAGCCAAGUGGAGGAAGCAGGAGAAAGUGGGGCCACAGGCGCACCCCUACAACCCCUACAUGGGCUCGGGUGGAGCAGCUUCGGCGAUAGCACCCUCUCUGCCCAACCCCUUCACGCAGCUCGGCUUCGGACUGAGGAAGCCGUUUGAGGCGGCAUUCAGAUACCCGACGCUGCCCCCGGGGCCGGUCUUCCUCGGUCCGCCCCCGCACUUCCCGCGGCCGCCGCCUCCGCUGCUCGGCCACCUGUCCGCCUUUCCGCCGUCGCCCUCCUUCCAGAGUCUGCUAGCUAACAUAUCAGCCGCCCAGAGGCCCCGCCUCCCGCCAGCUGUGAGUCCUCCAGCUGCGCCGCCCCCCGCCGAGGAGACGUCACCCUGCAGCCAGGAGACAUCCCCCGCCCCUGCAUCACCCUCGGACCCACCCUCGCCGCAGGAGGUCGACCGACGCAGCUCCAGCAUAGCUGCACUGCGGCUCUUGAUCGAAAAAUGUUGUGAUUAA